AUGCCAGUUUUAUGUUACUAUAUAAAACUAUACUUACUACGGCAGCGCAAGUUUUCUGCAUUAUUUCAUGCAUCAGAUGAACUAACUGAUCUGCCACAUCGAUUUUUUUAUACGGAAAUUUAUACGACGGAUCAUCAGAAGAAGAAUGCAGAAAGAGACUUUCCUUUGGAUCAUGCACAUACAUGUUUUUAUUUUCAACAGUGGAAAAUCCAUUUCACAAGAAUUAAAUCUAUCUUCAUCUAUUUCGUUGCGUUGAGCGUCUUCUUGAAUGCUGAGACUGCCUUUAGUUGGAAGAUCAGAGCUGUAGACGUGUAA